AUGCCACACAACGACGCCCUUGUCGUCAGCAUUCAAAUCGCCCAGGCCAUGGUCGACCGAAACCAUGUGGACGAAGGCAGCGCAGCCAAUAUCCUGCAGUUGACUAUCAUCCAGCAGAUGGGCUUGGAAGCAAAGAUCAACAAAUCAGCCAGGUCGCUGACUGGCUUCAAUGGCGCAACGACGGUUACUGUGGGCACAAUAGAUCUCGACGUCUACUCCCCACCUGUAAUCAGCUCACAAACAUUCAUAGUCAUUGAUGAAGUCUCACCCUACAAUGGCAUCCUGGGUAGACCAUGGAUUGGUAAGAUCAACGCCAUCACCUCUGCCACUCAUCAGAAAAUCCGCUACCCAAUUCCUGGGGGCGGUGUCUGCCAAAUCAACAGCGACCAGGCAAUGGCGAGGAAAUGCUCAGCUCAAGGGCUGAAGAAAAGCAAGCCAAUACAGUUCCUCCCUGUGAAUCAGGCAGAUCUGGAGAGAGUAGAACAACCAGAUCUCGUUCCUAGCAACCGAGCAAGCCAGAAGGGGAAGGGGAUAGAUAUCCCCUUAUAG